CUGGCGGCGGCCGGCCUCCGCGGGCGGGCGCGGGGAUGGAGCUGCGGGCCCUGCGGCGGUUCUGGCUGCUGUGCUGCUGCUUCUGCUGCUGCGGCCGCGGUGCGGACCCCCGCGCCACCUUCCAGGCGACGGAGCCGCGGAGCCGCGAGCGACAGGCAGCGGCCUUCCGGGACAGCCUGCAUAGACAUCGAUACCUGAAUUCUGUAUUCCCUGGUGAAAACUCCAGUGCCAUUUAUGGGAUAAAUCAAUUUUCUUAUUUGUUUCCUGAAGAGUUUAAAGCUAUUUAUUUAAGAAGCAAAUCUUCCAGAUUGCCCAGAUACCGAGCAGAAGUGCAAACAUCCAUACCCAAUGUGUCUUUACCAUUAAAAUUCGACUGGAGGGACAAGCGUGUUGUAACACAAGUGAGAAACCAGCAGACCUGUGGAGGAUGCUGGGCCUUCAGCGUGGUGGGUGCCCUGGAAUCAGCAUUUGCAAUAAAAGGGAAGCCUCUGGAAGACCUGAGUGUUCAGCAGGUCAUUGAUUGUUCCUAUAAUAAUUACGGCUGCAAUGGAGGGUCCACUCUCAAUGCUUUGGACUGGUUGAAUAAGACGCAUGUAAAACUGGUGAGAGAUUCAGAGUACCCAUUCAAAGCACAAAAUGGCCUGUGCCAUUACUUUUCUGAUUCACAUUCUGGAUUUUCAGUCAAGGAUUAUUCUGCGUAUGACUUCAGUGACCAGGAAGAUGAAAUGGCAAAAGCGCUUGUUACCUUUGGCCCAUUGGUGGUGGUAGUAGAUGCAGUGAGCUGGCAAGACUAUUUGGGAGGCAUAAUACAGCACCACUGCUCUAGUGGAGAAGCAAAUCAUGCAGUCCUCAUAACCGGCUUUGAUAAAAUGGGAAGUACUCCGUAUUGGAUUGUGCGGAACUCAUGGGGAAGUUCCUGGGGAGUAGAUGGCUAUGCCCAUGUUAAAAUGGGAGGCAAUAUUUGUGGUAUUGCAGAUUCUGUUUCUGCUGUAUUCGUGUGAUUUCCUGGGCAGAUCAAGGGAUGACUACAAAAAUGAAGAUCCAUAAUGGAAUGGAGCAUAGAACUUCAGCAUUAUUUGCCUUUAGGCCAUCAGUUCAGUGGCCUGGGAGUAAUCUGUGGGAAAGUUUCCUACUUUAAGAUAAAGGUCAGGUUAAGAAUCUCUUCAAUUUGAAGAGGCUUUUAUCUGGUUUGAUUAUUGUUUUUGUUUGCUUGUUUUAUUGAUAGACUUCUAGUAGGAUUAGAGAAGAGAUAGGAAUUUCUUUUCCUUUGUAUAAUAUAAUCACUGCCUUAGGUUACACUUAUAUACAAGAAGAGUCAGCCUAAGAGGGGUGUGCUUCUACAGGUAUAUUCACAGCCCACUGAGAUGGAAUUUCUUAAGAAUUAUGAAAUGCCAAUCACUUUACCUCCACAAAAGAUGCAUACCCCUUGAACUGUAGAAAGGUCAUGUAGAAAAGAGCAAAAGGACAAAGUCACCUUUUAAGAGAAAUAGAUUGAAAUUGAAGGACCAAUAUGGCAGCUAUAUGGUAGGAAAAACUCAAGUAGCGUUGACCGAGAGACAAAUCAUUUAGGAAACUUUGAAUGUCAAUAGGAUUCCAAUAGGUCUUAUUUCUUAUUUUAUUCUCCCUGCAUUGAGGAGCAAUGCAUUUUCCCACAUUUUCACACUCUCUCUCUCACUCUUUACUGUGUCACUUCUAAAUUUUUCUGGUGGUUUGACUUCCUUGACUAAAGAAGUUUCAUAUUUUUACUUUCCAUUUAUAUUUUAUAACCAUUUAUUUGGCCUCAUUUGUUUCCAAGCUUUUAUCAAACCGGGAUCUCACCUUUCUGUUCCUCCCACUGUUCCUAGGCACCACCCCUUUCAAAGCCUAAUCCAAUCAGUAUGGAGUAUCAGCCAAACUGAAUUUCCCAAGCUCUCUGUUUUCCCACUCUUCUGUAUAUUUUUCCCAGAUUCCCAUUGUAACUACAUUUUUGUUCAGCUCUUUGCCUUCCACCUGGUUCCUUGUUCUUGAUGCCUGGGGUUCUCUCUUCCAGAAGUCACUAGGUGUGUGUGUGGGAAUUUAAGAGCCUCGGGGCAUAAGCGCUGAUCUACUCACUGAAUAGAAGUAUUACAUGGAUUAAUAUAUGAAAAUCAUAUCAAAUAUUGCAUAUGCAAACUUUCCUCUUCUGAAAUUUAUGGUUGUUUUCUAAGGUAGAAUAUUUUAACAAAAACAGAAUUUUAAACAUAAUAGCAACCACUAAAAAAAAUUGAGGGAUGCCUCAGUUAAGCAU